CCUGCUGCAUUGCCGCUCUACGGUUGGCUGCGAGCACGCGCGUACGCGCUGCGCUUGCGCUGCUCUCUCUGGGCGGGGUUUGUUUUGAAGAAGGAAAAAUGGCGGCCGCGGACCCAGCCGAACCUCCCGGUGGUUCGGUCCGUUCCUUCUCCGACGUGACCCCCCUGCUGUCCGGGAGCCGGCCCGGAACCCCCCCGCCGAUCGGGGACUCAGCGAUCCGCGCUGAGCUUCCCGCCUGCCCCCCGCGGCUGACCCGGAGACCCCCGGGCCGCAGGAGGACCGACCCCGACAGAGCGGGCAGGAGGGACGGCGACAGCUGCAGGGAGUUCUUCAUCUUACCAGCCCUGCCAAAGUCCUCAGACCUUCUCACAGGCCUGACAGGGAAAGUCAAGCUGCAGCCGGCAGAUGACUGGGACGAGGCCAGAAGGAGGAACCUCGUGACCUGUAAGGACGAAUGUGUCUCCGGCGGUGGGAGGGACGAACCGGGAGUUCUGUCUGACUCGGAGAACGAGGAACCCAUCAGCCGCAGGAUCAGGAACAUCUCAGUCUUCAUAAGGAAAACCAAGACUUCUUCAGCCCUGAGCAGCGGCGCUCAGAGAAGCCGCAGCUGCACCGACCCGAUGGAGGAGCGCAGUAGAAAACAGAGGGGUCCGGUUCUGCCGGCAGCUGUGGUGGAGAGGGUGGGAAUCGACCACAGUUCUGCCGCGGGGAUCCUGCUGUCUUCUGAGAACAGCCGGUCGGUGUCGGCUCCCGUCUCGGCUCCGGACCAGAGACCCGCCUGGCGGGCCGUACUGACGUUUUCCGCCCCGGUGGGCCCGACCGCGGCGCCUGCGGAGCGCUCCGUCAGCCCCGAGAGCAACGACAGCAUCUCGGAGGAGCUCAACCACUUCAAACCCAUCGUGUGUUCGCCGUGCACGCCGCCCAAGCGCCUGCCGGACGGCCGCCUCGUGGAGCCCACCAUCGUCAAGUCCACGCCUCGGAACCUGACCCGGGGGCUGCACAAGGCCACGAGUUACGAGGCCAGCGCCUCCAUCCUGCAGAAGUGGAGGCAGAUCGAGCUGGACCGGCAGAACCUGAAGGUGAACUCGAAGGCCACGCUGACCAGUCCCGUCUCUGACCCCCACAGCAGCAGAGGGGAGGACUCAGGGGGCGGAGCCACAAGGAAGCUCCAGUGGAGGGGCGGGGACGGCGUGCGGGUUUCCAGCAAGCGGAGGUUUGUGUUGGAGCCGCAGGUGGGAGACACGGAGCCCCUCCAGAAGCAGUCAGUGAAGAUCCGGGUCCCAGCCAUCCGCUUCAGCCGCGGCUGUUCGGACCUGCAACCCCCUGGCGACGCUCCGGAGGCCUGCAGCGGGGGCACGCUGUUCGGUCGGACACGCUCGUUCUCGCCGCGCUCCCAGAACUCGGGCUUCCAGCUGUGCACGUUUGUGCCAAAGGACUCACAGAGUCCCAUGAAGGACUGCAUUCAGACGGCCCCCAGGAGGGGCAAGAAGAGGAAGCAGAAAACAAAACACCUGGACCUGGACCUGGAGCAGGACGUGGACCUGAGGCGGAGCCGCGAGGCGUCGGAAGAGCGCCGCCAGGUCCAGCAGGAGCGGCAGGACUGCACGCUGGCCCUGAAGCUGCAGGGACAGCUGGACUGCCGGCUGAGCCCCAACGCCUACUUCCUGCGGUCCUGGGCGUCCACGCAGAACCGCAGGAGGCGGAGCCUCAGGAGGUCCCGACACAUCAGCAAAAAACGCUGAAGGAGCAGACUCAUGACCAGAACCACAGAAACUGAGGCUCCGGCGCCGUCAGAGGGGGUCUUCGGUCCGCCCAGCGACCAUGACCUCAUCCUGACGACAAACGUGGAGCUCACUGCUCCCCCUGCAGGUUCUGGGAGGAACUGCGUUUGUCACAGAGACUGACGUGUUUCUGUGACAAACGCAGCUUUCAGGGAUCAAUAACGACACAUUUGAACCAUUAUUGAUCUGUUUCUGUUUAAGCAAUCAAUGAAGACGUUAAUACUGAUCAAAUGUCCAGAAUAAACAGGACUUUUCUGACGGAAAUAA